CACUGCGCACCUUCAGAAAGAAGCGCCGCAUUCUCACAUUUUCACAAGUGUGGCUGCAGAGAUGGCGACUACAAAGGUUCCAGAGGUUCGCGAUAUAAUGCGGAUUGAGAGAAUUGGUGCACACUCUCACAUCCGAGGCCUUGGUUUGGAUGAUGCUUUGGAGCCGAGACAGGUAUCUCAGGGGAUGGUUGGCCAGCUGGCCUCCCGUCGAGCUGCUGGGGUCAUUCUGGAGAUGAUCAAAGAUGGCCAAAUCGCUGGCAGGGCAGUCCUGAUUGCUGGCCAGCCUGGCACAGGAAAGACUGCCAUUGCUAUGGGCAUCGCCCAGUCUCUUGGCUCUGAUACACCUUUCACAGCCUUGGCUGGUAGUGAGAUCUUCUCUCUUGAGAUGAGCAAAACCGAGGCACUCAGUCAAGCUUUUAGAAAAGCCAUUGGAGUGAGGAUUAAAGAAGAAACAGAGAUUAUUGAAGGAGAGGUGGUGGAAAUCCAGAUUGAUAGACCAGCCACUGGAACGGGUGCCAAGGUAGGAAAGCUGACUCUAAAGACUACUGAGAUGGAAACAAUAUAUGAUUUAGGCAACAAGAUGAUUGAAAGCCUUAGUAAAGAGAAGGUUCAAGCAGGAGAUGUUAUUACCAUUGACAAAGCCACUGGAAAGAUCAGCAAACUGGGCCGCUCCUUCACCAGAGCCAGAGACUAUGAUGCCAUGGGAGCUCAGACACAGUUUGUACAGUGUCCAGAGGGAGAGCUGCAGAAGAGGAAAGAGGUGGUCCACACCGUGUCCCUCCAUGAGAUCGACGUCAUCAACAGCCGUACACAAGGAUUCCUGGCUCUUUUCUCCGGAGACACAGGAGAGAUAAAGUCGGAAGUCCGUGAGCAGAUUAAUGCUAAAGUGUGCGAGUGGAGGGAAGAGGGAAAAGCAGAGAUCAUUCCAGGGGUGUUAUUUAUUGACGAGGUCCAUAUGCUGGAUAUGGAGUGCUUUUCUUUCCUGAACCGUGCCCUCGAGAGUGACCUGUCCCCUGUUCUCAUUAUGGCCACCAACAGAGGCAUCACUCGUAUCCGUGGCACAAACUACCAGAGCCCUCAUGGAAUCCCCAUCGACCUGCUGGAUCGCCUGCUCAUCAUCGCCACCUCGCCAUACACCGAGAAAGAGACGAGGCAGAUCCUCAAGAUCCGGUGUGAGGAGGAGGAUGUGGAGCUGAGCGAGGAAGCUCACACUGUCCUGACUCGCAUUGGUAUGGAGACAUCACUGCGUUACGCCAUUCAGCUGAUCAGCACUGCAGGACUGGUGUGUCGCAAACGCAAGGGGACAGAAGUGCAGGUGGACGACAUUAAGCGGGUCUACUCUUUGUUCCUGGAUGAGGCCAGAUCCUCUCAAUACAUGAAGGAGUAUCAGGAUUCCUUCCUCUUUAAUGAAACACAAACAGCUUCGAUGGACACCUCGUAAUAAAGAUGACUGCCUCGUUUUUUUUAUGUUGUCGAUCCUCUGGAGUUGGAAUCUUCUCGGAUUAUGAUUUUGCUUAAAUUUGAAUUCAAUCAGUUAUAAAUCAUGAUAGAAUUCAGAUGUCAUAAGUUCCCUUCAUGUUGUGUUCUCAGUUGAACUCUUAUUUGGUGUCAUUCUGGAUUUAGCACAGUUCUGUUCAUCACCGAGGCCUUGUGGCAGGAAUUUCCAUUCCUUCUGUGUUUUUCCCCUCCUUUUUUUUGCUUACUUUAAUGGUUUAUUUUUUAUGAAAAAUAUUAAACAGGCUUUUAUUAGCAAAC